CAGGGGGCGCCAUUACCGGGGAGACAACUGGACAUUCGUCCACCAUCUUGACCGCCGCUGCAUAGGAGGAAAAAGACGGCUGGCGCUUUAAGUGCGUGUGCGUGAGCGAGCGCGCGCGCGCGCGCGACGGACGCCUUUAGCAGCCUUUUUGCACUUAAUCUGUUUUUUUAAUCUGCGACAGGAAGUAAACACUUGAAGCUAAAUGGCGGGCGGGCAGGCGCGCGCGCACACACACGCGGGGAUGCCCCUGAGGCGCUCGCGGUUGUUAGCGGUUACCUGUUGCCGUGGCGACCGUCUCCAUCCGAGCUCGCUUCCGCGAAGGUUCGGCUUCUCCGCUGCAUUCUCGGACCUGCAUGACAAAUAUUAGGAUGUACCGAGAGUGCGCCGACGGUGACGGUGGGCGGCGCCUCCUCCGGUGUCAAAUCGCGAGGAUGAAAAGGGAGGCAAAAUAAAAAGAAACUUUUUUUAGAUGAUGUCAUGUUGAGCGUGUGAUUUCUGACUGGACCUGAACUCACCGCCUGUCAGCCCGAAUUAAAGGCAGUCUUGUGUCAUACUGCCCUCCGGGACCAAAAUACACACAAACACGUACGUGAACGCGCACGCGCACGCCUUUUUGCUGCGGUUGUGACUUUUUUUUUUUUUUUUUUUUUGAACAAAGUCCUCCUAAUGGGCACCUUCUUUGUGCGGACUUUACAGCCCGCGGGCCACCUACUACUCACGUUGUUGUUAUCAUGGUGGGGCAUUACCGUGAAGUUGGUUAAUCCAGGGGGCGAUGCUGAUCAUGAUCGGGCUGCUGCAUUAGAUAAGGAAAAGGGAUAAAUAUAGCAUUCAUGCUUUGUUUUCUUAAUCCGACCGCAGGGUGAAGAAAGUAACCUUUUAAAUAGGUCACUGUGCGUGUGUUUGUGUGUGUGUGUGUCCAGUUUAAGUUUGGAUGACUGAGUACAUUUGAGGUUGGUCGCUCUUAAAGGGCCAGCGUGGACAAGUCCGAGCCCCAAUUUCCUCAAGCAUAGACGACAGAGUUCAUCGCAGGUAAAAUCCCAUCAAAGGAGCCUAAAGUGAGUCCGAGCGCGCGUGCGCGCGCGUCGGUUUGCCGAGCAGCACAAAGAGGAGUGAUGCGCGUGUGCUUGUCAUCUUAUAUAAGAUGAAGAGGACGUCAACGGGCCCCCAUUUGCAUAAGUGAAUCACUUUUUUUCCAUUCGCAUUAAAAUGAAUGACGGUGAUUGUGUUGACAUGUUUGUUGAUUUCAAAAAAGGGAAGGGGGCGGGGGGGAGAGAGGGAGAGAGAGAAAAGCCAAGGACUGAGUGGAGGGUCGCUCCUUUGAGGAGGGGGUGGUGGUUCGCGCGCUCGGGGGCGGAGAGACGCCGUUCCCGUGGAGUCGGCUCGUUCUCGGCGCACUGCUGCCAGGGCUUCGGGCGCGUCGCGGGAUGCCGGCGGCCGGCUUCAUCAACAAGUGCGCCUGAAGAAGUGGGAUGGAGGUGGCUCUGGUCAGCCUGCAGGAGAACGGCGGCGCCAACAAUGGAGAACAGCAGCAGCCGCUCCGCUCGGCGCUCGUGGACGACUUGGGCAAGGAAGUGAACGCUCCUCUUCAUCAUCACCACCACCACCACCGCCAUCCCCAUCAUCAUCAGCAGCAGCAGCAGCAGCAGCAGCCUCUCACCCCUCCUCCGCCCUCGCCGCCCGCGUGGAGGAUCAACGACAUGAACAGCGCGCUGAGUUGCAGCGAGAACGCCAUGGACGCGCUGCUGCGCGCCGACCACAGCCCGCACGUGUUCGACGACGAGCUCCCGGACCCGGACUCGGACAGCAACGAGCGCGUGCUGAUCAACAUCGCCGGCCUGCGCUACGAGACGCAGCUGGGCACGCUCAACCAGUUCCCCGACACGCUCCUGGGCGACCCGGCCAAGAGGAUCAAGUACUUUGACCCGCUGCGCAACGAGUACUUCUUCGACCGCAACCGGCCCAGCUUCGACGGCAUCCUCUACUUCUACCAGUCGGGCGGCAAGAUCCGCAGACCGGUCAACGUCUCCAUCGACGUCUUCGCCGACGAGAUACGCUUCUACCAGCUGGGCGAGGAGGCCAUGGAGCGCUUCCGCGAGGACGAGGGCUUCAUCAAGGAGGAGGAGAAGCCGCUGCCGCGCAACGAGUUCCAGAAGCAGGUGUGGCUGAUCUUCGAGUACCCCGAGAGCUCCAGCCCGGCGCGCGGCAUCGCCAUCGUGUCGGUGCUGGUGAUCACCAUCUCCAUCAUCACCUUCUGCCUGGAGACGCUGCCCGAGUUCCGCGACGAGCGGGAGCUGCCGGCCGGCGGCGGCGGGCGCCCCGACAACGGCACGGCGGCGCGGCCCUCGCUGACCUUCAGCGACCCCUUCUUCAUCAUCGAGACCACCUGCGUCAUCUGGUUCACCUUCGAGCUCUUCGUGCGCUUCUUCGCCUGCCCCAGCAAGUCCGAGUUCUCCAAGACGGUGAUGAACAUCAUCGACAUCAUGUCCAUCAUGCCCUACUUCAUCACGCUGGGCACGGAGCUGGCCGAGCAGGGCCAGGAGCACCCCAACGGCCAGCAGGCCAUGUCGCUGGCCAUCCUGCGCGUCAUCCGGCUGGUGCGCGUCUUCCGCAUCUUCAAGCUCUCGCGCCACUCCAAGGGCCUGCAGAUCCUGGGCCAGACGCUGAAGGCCAGCAUGCGCGAGCUGGGCCUGCUCAUCUUCUUCCUCUUCAUCGGCGUCAUCCUCUUCUCCAGCGCCGUCUACUUCGCCGAGGCCGACGAGCCCGAGUCGCACUUCUCCAGCAUCCCCGACGCCUUCUGGUGGGCCGUGGUCACCAUGACCACCGUGGGCUACGGCGACAUGCGGCCCGUCACCGUGGGCGGCAAGAUCGUGGGCUCGCUCUGCGCCAUCGCCGGCGUGCUGACCAUCGCGCUGCCCGUGCCCGUCAUCGUCUCCAACUUCAACUACUUUUACCACCGCGAGACCGACCAGGACCAGUCCUCGCUCAAGGACGAGCCGGCGCCGCUCGAGACCAAGGCCGGGCCGGGCCCCGACUCGCCGUCGGGCGAGGCCGACGUCAAGGCCGACGGCGGAUCGGACUUCAAAUCCUCGCUCUACGCCUUCUGUCUGGACACGCGGGAAACCGAUUUGUAGGGACCCGCCGAGGCCCCUUUUCCGCAGCGCGCGUGACCCGAGCCCCCUCCCCGCCUCCUCGGGUUCGCUCGGGACGAGCCGUCUCCUCGCACCAGAGCAGCUGACCUUUGAACCCUCACCUGCUGCACGCCGCGCCCCCUCCGGACCUGUGUGCCUUUGAGCCAAUCAGCGUCUUCUCUCGAGGGAGCGGGAGAAGAGGAGGAGCCUCGUCAUCCUCGCUGAGCUAAAAAAAAAAAAAAAAAAAAUCCUGUCAACUUGUUUGUUUUCCAAAAGCCAUACACGUCGCACUUUUGGUGGCGUGCGGCAUCCUCCUCCUUCUUCCCGCACGUCGACUUUUCAGAAUAAAACGUGCUGCCGAGAGGAAACCAAAAAACAGCAGUCACGGAGUAUAUUUUCACAAUAGAAGUAUUGCUGAAAAGGAAGAUGCCACAAGACUUUGCAAACAAGGAGUCUAUUUUCUCAAUAAAAGCACACUAAGGAAGCAAUCAAAGACAGAUUAUAUUUUCACAAUAAGAGUCUCAUUCUAGAAGGAAGCGAGCGUCAUUCCACGCGGAUUAUAUUUUCACAAUAAUUGAUUUGCCAAAAAUGAUCCAUCAUUUUUACAAAGGGAGCAGAAAAAAGAAGACUUUUGAUGGCGGGCGGAUGAGCGCCAGCACCCCCUGUAUGCGGAAAAACAAACAAACAAACAAACAAACAAACAAACA